GAUGGGAUGGAACAUUGGGAGCGGGACCGAGAGAAUCCACCGCGCCACGCGGCACUGUUCUUCUUCCCCUCUCUCAUUAAACAAAUUAAAAGGCCCUCCACUCCACAGCGCCGGAGCGCCCCUGCUUGCCCCCACCUUGCCCUGCUGCAACUUGAACCUCCUGGCAGCUCCUGUUUCAGGCAGGCAGCAAGUAGGGAAGAGGCUCUGCAGAUCAGUUCCAUGCAGACAGCGAUCGAGCACGCCUGCUCGGUGGUGGAAUGCGCUGCGACAGCCCGAGCCGCCAUGGACAUGAGCCACUACAUCCCCGAUUGGAGCAGCAGCAUGGGAGACACCUUCGCGCCACUGGGCGGCGAGGACGACGACGGGCUCAUCGAGCUCAUGUGGCGCAACGGCCACGUGGUCAUGCAGGCCCAGGCGCCGCGGAAGCCGCCGAGACCCGACGACGACGAGGCGGCGGCGGCGCAGGCGCAGGCGUGGUUCCAGUACCCGGUGGAGGAGAGGGCCGACCUCUUCUCGGAGCUCUUCGGGGAGGCGCAGGCGGCCGUCGGCGGCGCGCGCGGGGAGGCCGCGCGCCAGAGUAUCCGGAUGAUGCCGCCGCCGCCGCCGCCGCCGAGGCCCGCGCAAGCGCCGCGGGAGGAGAAGGCGUGCCCGGGAGACGGCGGCACGGCGACGGCGACGGACGGCGCCGGCUCGUCCGUGCUCACGGUCGUGUCCAGCCUCUGCGGGAGCAACGGCAACCACGUGCAGGCGACGGCGCCGGGGGACGUCGCCAGGGCCCGCGACGUGCUGAUGGUGACCUCGUCGUCGACGACGCGUUCCAGGUCAUGCACCACCAAGAGCGAGCAGCCGGGUCCCGGGCCCGGCGCUGCCCGCCGGAGCGGCAAGAGGAAGCAUAACGACGCCACCGAUGCCGAGGACGUGGGGCUGGAGUGCGAGCCGGCGCAGAGGACGACGACUGCCAAGCGGCGCCGCGCCGCGCAAGUCCACAACCUCUCGGAGCGGAGGAGACGGGACAGGAUCAACGAGAAGAUGAAGGCCCUGCAGGAACUCAUACCCCACUGCAACAAAGCGGACAAGGCGUCGAUGCUGGACGAGGCGAUCGAGUACCUCAAGUCGCUGCAGCUCCAGCUGCAGGUGGUGUGGAUGGGCGGCGGCAUCGCGGCGGCGGGGGUGCACCAGCGGACGAUGGUGGCCGCGCCCGGGCGUCCUCCCCACGUGGCUUCCCUGCCGGCGUCGGCGCCCGACCUCUAUACGCGCUACCUCGCCGUCGACCACCUGCCGCCACCGCCCUUGGUGCCACCGCCACGCACGGCGGCGGCGAUGGGCUUGUACCCGCGCCAGAACCCCGUGCCGGCGACGUCGUCUCCUUCCUUCCGAACGACCGAAAAUACGCGAAAACUAUGGCAAGCCUGAGAUUCAGAUCCGGGGUAUGGUGACCAGCUGAUGGGUCAUCUAGCUGCAUGCAUGUGUGUAUGUGUUGGUAGUAUGGUUAAGCCUUGACAGAGACUUGUGAUCGAGACCGAGAUCGACCGAUAGGCCGUCACUUCUUUUUUCUUCCAUCUUUCAGUUUUUGGUUGAUAGGCCGGAGUGUAAUUUGACCAGUGGUCGAGAUUUGUCAAGCGACACAAUUCUUUUGUCACUAUAUAUUACUGUUCCUACUUCACACCUUCAUUUCCUUCCUACUUCACAAUUCCUAGUUUAAUACUUACACCUUCAUGACACAAUUCUUUUGACACAAUGCAUUAUUUGUGCAUUGCACAUCCCUUUGAAGUUCUUUUUUUUUUUUUUUGCUCUUGUCUGCAAGUAUUGCAAAACUGUCUGUAUCUAUGUGCAUGUCAGUCGAUUUUGUUCGCUUUUGUGUUCAGUUUGGGUUGACCAGAAA